UAUAUAUGUAAGGAAUGUGGAAAGGCCUUUGCUUUGGCCUCAAGACUUAGUGAACAUUGGAAAAUUCACACUGGAGAGAGACCCUAUGUUUGUAAGGAAUGUGGAAAGGCCUUUAUUUUGGCCUCAAAACUUAGUGUACAUAGGAGAAUUCACACUGGAGAGAAACCGUAUAUAUGUAAGGAAUGUGGGAAGUCCUUUGCUAAAUCCUCAAAGCUUAGUGUACAUAGGAGAAUUCACACUGGAGAGAAACCGUAUAUAUGUAAGGAAUGUGGAAAGGCCUUUGCUGAAUCCUCAAAGCUUAGUGUACAUAGGAGAAUUCACACUGGAGAGAAACCGUAUAUAUGUAAGGAAUGUGGGAAGUCCUUUGCUGUAUCCUCAAACCUUAGUGUACAUAGGAGAAUUCACACUGGAGAGAAACCGUAUAUAUGUAAGGAAUGUGGGAAGUCCUUUGCUGAAGCCUCAAGCCUUCGUGUACACAGGAGAAUUCACACUGGAGAGAAACCGUAUAUAUGUAAGGAAUGUGGGAAGGCCUUUGCUAGAGCCUCAAAACUUACUGUACAUAGGAGAAUUCACACUGGAGAGAAACCAUAUAUAUGUAAGGAAUGUGGAAAGGCCUUUGCUACAGCCUCAAGCCUUAAUGUACAUAGGAGAAUUCGCACUGGAGAGAAACCGUAUAUAUGUAAUGAAUGUGGAAAGGCCUUUGCUUUGGCCUCAAGACUUAGUGAACAUUGGAAAAUUCACACUGGAGAGAGACCCUAUGUUUGUAAGGAAUGUGGAAAGGCCUUUAUUUUGGCUUCAAGACUUAGUGUACAUAGGAGAAUUCACACUGGAGAGAAACCGUAUAUAUGUAAGGAAUGUGGGAAGUCCUUUGCUGAAUCCUCAAAGCUUAGUAUACAUAGGAGAAUUCACACUGGAGAGAAACCGUAUAUAUGUAAGGAAUGUGGGAAGGCCUUUGCUCAAUCCUCAAGCCUUACUAUACAUGAGAAUUCACACUGGAGAGAAACCGUAUAUAUGUAA